UCUGUGGUCACCACAGCGAUGGCUUCACCGUGGAAACGCUGCUGCUGCUGCUGCAUCCUCCUCCUCUCUCUCCUCCUUCUACAUCUGCAGUCCUCUACCUGCCUCGACCAACAACCUGCUGACAGUGCUGCCGUCUCUCCAGAGACAGGGAUGCAGAUGGAGGACAGUUUGGUGCCUGCAGACCGACCGUUCAGACAAAUGCUGCAGUCUCCAGAUGUGUCCCGGAGGAAGUUGCUUCAGAUGCCAGGAGCUGCAGUUCCCUUCCCUCCCCUCAAGGUGUUGUCCAACGGGGAGCCGUGCGUCAUGUUCCAGGCCAGGAAACUGUCUCUGCGCUACGAGAAGCAGAAGCAGCUGGACCUGACAGAGCGAGCGUUUUCUCCUCAGAAACCUGUCGACACCAGUCAGUCCGUCUGCCGCCGGGACAAGGCCACGCUGGUCAUGAGGUUUGGAGAUGUGGAGGAUCUGACAGGCCUCUCCAUCAGACUGCAGCUGUCCAACACUUUGUACGAGUCGUCGGGUCAGUGGUGGUUCUCGGUGGACAGCGUCUCUCUGCUGUACAACACGACUGAAGAGGCCGUGUUCAAUGCCAGUGAGGUGUACGCUCCAGCCUCCUCCUCCUACCACUGCCUCCACGUCAGCAACCUGCAGCGCUACAGCGCCCUGCUGCUGCCCAGCACCGACCACGCCCGCCGCUGGGCCGUCACCUUCACCGACUUCCAGAUUCAGGCGUUCAAUGUCACCUCUGGUAAGUUUUCUCCUCCGAGCGACUGCACCACCUUCUUGACUCCGGCCAUCCUGAUGGGCCUCAUCACUUCCCUCAUCCUGCUGCUGGUCUUGGCCUACGCCCUGCACAUGGUCAUCCACCUGAAACACAUUGAGCAUGAUGACGAACACAAGGGCGACAUGUAUUUCCCCCAAACCCCCGAACAGCCUGAACAUUGUUGUAUGGAAAGUGUCGUAGAGAAAAAUAUUCUGUAGUGUAACCAGGAAUAUAAGUAAAGACUGUUAACACAUAUACUUCCCAGGGAGGCAUGGAUGAUUUGAUGAUGACACAGCUGUGAUGGUACUUCGGCUCAGGAUUUGAUUUUUUUUUAAACAUAUAUUUAUAGUGUUUUGUAAUUUGCCUGUUAGUGAAUUUCUGUAUUUGUCUUUAUAAUAAAUUGAAUAAAAAAUAUUAAUUAAAAAAAUGCAUCUUUUGUAGGUGACUAGCAGUUUGCCACUCUGGCUUGUCAUCAUGUCACACAAAUAAAAAGUGAAAUUUACGUUUGGUCAAAAUAUAUAUUUUUUUAAUA